CAUCAUAAUUUGGGGACCAUGGCUCUCAAACGAAUCCAGAAGGAGCUCUGUGCCUUCACUGGUGACCCUCCAGCUCAGUGUUUUGCAGCCCCCGUAAGAGAAAAUAUGUUCCACUGGCAAGCCAUUAUAAUUGGGCCUGACGGCAGUCCCUACGAAGGAGGGGUUUUUUUCCUAACCAUACACUUUCCAACCAGUUAUCCUAUUGAUCCCCCGAAGGUGUCAUUCAUUACACGAAUUUACCAUCCAAAUAUCGGCAAAAAUGGAAACAUCUGUCUAGAUAUCUUGACUUAUGAGUGGUCACCAGCAUUUACAAUUUCGAAAGUUCUCCUGUCUAUCUGCUCCCUAUUGUGCAAUCCGAACCCGGAGUACGCUUUGGUUCCUGAAAUUGCGAAGGUCUAUUGCAACGACUUUAGAAAGUAUGAUAAACUGGCCCGAGAGUGGACAGAAAGAUUUGCAAAGUGA